GCUGAGUACAGUUGACUGCCAACACAGCCCUGCCAACAUGCGCCACCAUUGGGCCGCUGCCGCAGCCUUGCUGUUGCGAGCAGGCGUCCCUCCGUUUUGUGGUCAUCUUUGGCCAUUGCGACCCUUGAUUCCACGUGGCCUUGGAACGAAGGAGUUGCCACUUUCAAAGGAGGCGAAGGCUGCCGUUGCGGACUUGGGCUUUGAGACUUUGACAGAAGUGCAGCAAGAGACCUUUGAGCCCAUCUGCGAUGGGCAGGACCUGGUCGUUAGAGCGGAGACCGGUGGAGGAAAGACCUUGAGCUUCCUGUUGCCCACCAUGGAUCGCAUUCAUCAAGCCGGCAGCCCUGGGAUUGAGCUUUUGGUCUUGAGCCCCGUGCGAGAGCUUUCGAUGCAGAUCCACCAAGAAGCCUUGAAGUUGGCCAAUCGCUUCCCCCAAGUGCAGCCUGUGUUGAUGGUAGGUGGCUCCAACUGGGAAGAUGACUUAGAUGCCCUGGAGGCUGCUGAGGGCCAUGCGGUGAUUUUGAUUGCCACACCAGGACGAUUGCAAACACAUCUCUCAAAGACGCCUUCGUUUGCUAAGCGCUUGGGGCAAGUGAAGACCUUGGUCUUGGAUGAGGUAGACCAGUUGGCUGGGGAGCUCUUUGCCGAGGUCACCGAGGAGAUCCUUCAACAGCUCUGCUCGGCCUCGCAACAUCUCUUCUACUCCGCCACGGUCACGGAGCAGGUCACACGUCUCAUCGCCCAGGUGUCCAAGAGUUAUACCUUUGUGGAUGCCCUCGAGGAUGAGAUGUUCAAACCUACCAGGUGGUGCCCACACAAGACAUGGGAGAGGCUUUGUGGCAGUCCGUCGAAAGCGCCCGAGGAUUCUUGUCACCGCCAAAGAUCGUGGUACUUUGGUCCUUCUACCCUUCGCCUGAAGCCAGAAGUGAUUUUCAUCACUGGACGCAUCGCGGCCUACUAUGCUGAAGCGUUUCGGCAAUGUGGCGAUUUGGAGGUCUUCGAGAUUCACUCUCGAAUGAAGCAGCAGGAGCGGACCACGCAGUCUGAUGGCUUCCGUGCUGCGGCCAGCGGCUUGCUCUUCACCUCCGACAUUACGUCCCGUGGCCUGGAUUACCCGGGCGUCACAGCGGUGAUCCAGCUGGGUGCACCCGAGAGCCGUGCGGAGUAUGUGCACCGCGUGGGGCGCACGGGACGCCGGGAGAGAGAAGGUUUGGGCAUCCUUCUCUUGCAUGACUUUGAAGAGUCCUGGAUGGCCCAGCUGGAUGGACUUGGCCUCAAGCAGUCGCCACCAUUGUCCGCGCCAUCACCGCGCUUUGCGGACUUGGAAAUUCCCAGGAACGUCAAGGCACAAGCAUACUACUCGCGCAUUAACCAUGCCAUGAGGCAUCCAGAGGACUUGGAUGUGUUGGAGGUCUUCCGCGAUGCCUUCCGCUUCGCUGGCUCCAUUGGCGCGCUUGACGUGGAGGGCCGACCGCCUAGCUUGACUGAACAGAACGCCCAAAGGUAUGGCGUUGCUGACAUCUCAGACCCUGCAGUACACAUCGUCAAGGAGGCUAUUCAGCCCAAAGUGUCCAUAGCAUACCAGUUAAUGUCCGCUGCACAGAUUCACAAAGUCAUCGGUCCAUUGCUGGACGGAGCCCUGCAGAAACAUUCGAAGGUGGUGAUACACUUCAUCCAUGGUGAUAUCGCCAAAUACUAUGCUGAUUUCUUGAAGGGUCGGCCACUGGAGGCCUUCGAAGCACACUCCUCGGUGAGCAAGAAGGUGCGAAAGAAGAUCUUACAAAGCUUCGAGUCGGCCGCAAGGGGUGCCCUCUUCACAGCAGGCCUUUCACCCGCGACCUUGCCAACUAAAGGAGUGAAGGCAGUGAUAAUGGUCGGUUUGCCAUCCUCCGCGAAGGAGGCCAAACAGUUGGUGGACUACAUGGCCCGCUGCGAGUUGGCAGAGUCCUUCCUGUUGGCCACUAGCUUUGAGUCUGAGAUCAUCAGUGUCUUGGAUGCCGAUCUGAAGGCUGGCACUUUCGACCAGGAGGAGCUGCUGCCAGCAGUGAAUGACAAGGUGGUUCUGAAGGCUUACCUCGCAUGGCUACGGUACUAUGGACUUCAUCCGCUGGUGACAGACAAGCAACCCAUCAUCCAGGAGGCUCAGCACUUCUUUGCUGCUGCUACGGGAGAUGGUGAAGUGCCGUCCUUGACACAGCGAAUGGUGGAAGAUAUGGGACUAGCCGGGGUGGAUGACAAAGCGCUGAAUGUGAAAGCUUAGACUCUGUGGAUCUUGGAUCAAAGUGGUGGAAGAGC